CCUCCAAGAGGGUGUGGAUGUAGUUUUUUGGGAAGAUUCAUACGUUUUUGAAAAUUUGACACGAACGGUUCGUGACGAACCCCGUUUCGAGCACCCAUACCAGGAAACCAAAAUAAACGAUUCACAGAUGCUCCCCCAUUACAGUGUCCCAUUUUAUAGCAUAUGAUUUUAGAGUAUUUUGGACACUGUGACCCCCAUGAAAAACCGGCAGCUGGGAAGUCUCAGUUGCUCACAAGUUGGUGGUGCGGGUUUCCAGCUGAUUGGAUCUUGCUUCACAUUUUGCAUGUUUUUAAAUUGUAAUUUAGAAAUAAAUAAUUUGUAUUCGCCAUACUCAUGAAGAUAAAUCUAAAAUUAGUAGAAAUUAAUUGCAUUACAAAAGCAGUACCGGGGCUGUGUGGGUUCAGCAGCAUGGGAAAAUCAGCCGGGGUUAAUAAAGGUCAAACUAGCAAAAAUGCAUCCGCGAGUACAAGCAUACCAACAAAAGGUCCAAUAAAUCAAACAAAAGAAGGUCAUUUUUCCAUUACCAUUCAAGUAAAGCCUGGAGCAAAGGUGAAUUCCAUUACAGGUAUUUCAGAGGAAGCAGUAUCGAUACAAAUUGCAGCUCCUCCCGUGGAUGGUGAAGCAAAUAUCGCAAUUGUGAAGUAUUUUUCAACAAUCCUUAAUCUGAAAAAGGCUGAUGUUUCUCUCAGAGGAGGAAAAUCCAGACAGAAAACGGUUACAGUGGAUUCUUCGACUGGUCUAUCGAUAGAAAAAAUCUUGGAAAUGUUAAAAAGUCAAGCAGAAUAAUUAUUUGUACCUAACUUCCUUGUACAAUUCCUUAGAUUACCCAAAAUUGCAUGGGUUUUAUCUUCAUGAUGAUGAGUCAUAUAUAAUCACCAAAUUAUUAUUUUAUCCUCAAAAUGUAACGUAUUAUGCAGUCAGAUGAGAUGUUAAAUGUUGAUGUGGAUUUGAUAAAUAAAGCUACAUAUGUACACGCUGUGAA